UUUUCAUUCACCUUCCUCUUCGUUCACCAAUAUAAUACAUGUUACCUAAUUCCCGUAUGAUUCCACCCUCAUCUCAAGAAAACCGUCCAAGAUCUUUAUCAAGCACAGCCGUUCCUUCCCUUUACUUAUCCUCGGAAUGGUCGUCAUCCCGAUCCUCAAAAACGUUUUUGUCGCGAUUCCGAGCAACGCCUCCAUCCGUGCAACAACAACGUUCAGUUACUGACCGAUCUCUUUCUCCUCCAAUCACCAGAACAACGCGUUCCCAAUCGUCCUCCACACCGCGCUCAAGUCAAGGUUCAGAGUACCUUGUCACCUCUCAGGGGGACUUGCCCCAUAUAAGCCAUCAACAUGAAAAUCCGAUGGCCCUUAAACGUCACGACUCUAAUUCUACACCUACGCAUAUGAAAACCAUCGCAUCACAUCAUUCCUAUGUAGAAUCACCAGGAUCAUUCAUGGAUUAUCCCGCUCAACAUGGUGCCUGGAAAAAAACACCCUCAAGAGGAUCCAUGAAGAGCUUUGGUAAACUUUUCAAAAAGCUGAGCAAGUCAUCGGAUGAAGAUACAGUCGACGAUCAACCCCAGAUUCGGCCCAUAUCUGCGAGUAAUAGAAGCUCAGGCAUCCGUGCCUCGCAUAACAUACCGCUAGCUCCCCCGCCCCCUCCUUCCGCUACAACCCAUCCCUCCUUUCUUCCACAACGACCUGAACCAUCCAUUUCGCCAGAUCAGCUGCUCACUGGUAUCCCAGAAGAGCUUUUAGCCAAGCCCGCCUUUCACCGUCCUCAUUUACCAAAGCACAGACAAGAUGAGGAUCAUCCUUAUAAAUCUCGGCAUGCGUCGUUUGUCCUUCCAUCAACACAGGGUGACGGUGCAGGUUCAUCUCACUGCAUCGCCAAUGCAAAACGUAGCCAAUCAGUGCUUCUCUCCAAGGGAACAGAUCCAUCCAAAUCCAUUUCCGCCCUACCGCAUCGAACAACAGAUCCCGCCUACGUUGAUCAGCCAAGGCCCAGAAUGGAAGAAGAACAAAACUCAUCGCGUAUCUCGAACGACGGAUCCACACGAAAAUCAUCGGGUUCAUAUUCAAUAUACAGCACAUUUGGAUCCGAUUCCCAUCAUUCGAGUGAAAAUGCUCUGGAUGUCAGGAUACAUGACGACGACACAAUUCAUCAUGCCCAGCCUUGGAAACUUAUGAGAUCUCGCCAUGAUCUACAUGGCCACACUGCGGAUCAAAUGACAUCAAAGGACCGAUUAUCUCAACAUAUAGUGUCUUCUGUAAAUGAACUACAUCUAGGCGGCAUUCACCCACCCAUCAGCGAUCUACACGAGACAGAAAGUGUGGAUUCUUUCAACACCGUAGCUUCUACGAUGGAUAGCGCAAUUGACAGGGGCGACGAGGAUAAUGACGACGACUGUGACGAUGCACGAUCCAUGCUAUUGAAGGCGACGAUCCCGUACGAAAAUUCCUCGACAUAUCAUGAUUCGAAAGAUGGAAAUACAAGUACAGAUACAGAAACAUAUAAUGAUCAACAUACGGUAGACUCUGACGAUGACGACGAGGAAGAAGAUGAUACCGAUGGCGCUGUUUUUGUUGACGCCACAGGCCUUUCUCAAGAGGAUAUUGAACGUGAAAAAGGAGAAGCCAAGCUCAGCAAGCGUUUAAGUGGCGGUCACUUUGGUAGUGCAGGAGGCCUCGUGCUAAGUAUUGCACCUCCAUUGCCUUCCACCAAGUCACCGCAUCGUCGAAGCCAACCUCCGCCCGAAGAUUUAGCCCAAGCCAUGCUUAACUGGAAACGACAUAGCGGCGGAGCAACCAAGAAACACAGCAAGGACUUUUCAACGGUUAAAUUCGAUAAACAAACAAUGGCAGGUUCCAUCAUUGGUUUAAAGGAAGAAGACGCCGAAGAAAACGAAAGAUCACCAGAUGAUGUACGAAAUUUCCGCGAGCAAGCUGCACAAGCGUUAUCCGGGCCGCCAGCCAAUACCGAAAACCUACGACGGGGACAUAAGCCCAGUGAAUCUUUGACUUCGUUCACGGAUUCGAUUUCAAAAGCUCUCGAUGCUGCGUGGAACGCACCUACCAUCGAGGAUAUACACGUACAAGAUCCACGGCACUUAGAGGAUGUGUCUACCAGAGACCAUUUGAAUGUCGAACAUGCGGAGGUGUAUCAAGAAGCCAAGGACGCAGCGCAUCGGUUGUGGAUGGAGGACGAGACCUUUAUCACCACUGAUAAAAUCGCCGAAUGGUUAGGCCAAGGAAAGACAUUUAAUUCAGAAGCACUAGUUUGGUACAUCAAAAACUUCUACUUUGCCAACAUGCGUUUGGACAGCGCCUUUAGAAAACUGUGUAGUAAACUCUAUUUCCGGGCAGAAGCACAACAGAUCGACCGCAUUCUAGAAGCCUUUGCCAAUCGAUACUGGGAUUGUAAUCCUCAGUCUUUAUUCGGAAGUGCAGAUGUUGUCUAUGCUGUCAUUUAUUCGUUGCUACUGCUUAAUACAGAUCUUCAUGUGGCACAAGGGAACCACAACCGGAUGACGCGGCAGGAGUUCAUACGCAAUACGAUGAUGGCCAUCCACGACCAGCAGCAAUCCCCGAAAGAUGGAUCCGAACCACUAUGGCAGUUUUCCAAAGCAUGGGAAAUGGAAAUGGAAGCUCAUUUGAAGGAACUGUAUACUUCUGUGAAACAAUACCAAAUUCUGCAACCUUUGGCUCGACGACCGAGCACCAACGGGCAGCAUCUUGAAAAGCGUGGCAGUAUCCUGGGCGGACGACGCGUAAUUGGCCUCAAACGCAGCGUCAAUUCGAUUAUUCGAAAAUCAGCAAGAGAAAGUAUGCUGAUCUCUGAAGAAAAUCAGCCACGAAAGAGCACAAGCUCAGGCCACUCACGACCGUCUUCCCCUCAGACGCGACCGUGUCGACGAGAAUCGAUCUCUUCGUUAACCUCUGGAAGCUCCUCUUUCUAUUCCCGCAGCACGAAUCUAUCAUCACCGCAGCCGUUCAACAACUUUUCCAAUUCUCUUGGUUCUGACUCCUUCACUAAUCGAUCGCCUUAUCAUAAAGAGGGAAUUAUUAUGCGCAAACAUCUAUUGGAAACAGCGGAUCAUAAAGCCAAACACCGCGAAUGGCGAGAAUGUUUCUUGGUGGUCGGUCAUGGGGAGCUCAAGAUGUAUGCCUUGCAUCACCCGAAUGAAGUGCAUGACCGCAAAAGCAUUUUCCGUCCAACAAGCGCCACUUACUCAGACACCGGACACCGCUUCAGUCAACAUUGGCCUUCCUUUGCUGAUGUACACGAGAGUGACCCUCAAUGGAUGCAAUAUACCCAACUGAUCGGUACUAUCGAACUCAAACAUACACUUGCCAAUGUAUUGCCGCCGCCCGGUUACAAUCGUCAACGUCCGCAUGUAUUUGCUAUUCAGCAGCCGCACGGUGGUGUGUACUUGUUCCAGGCUAGCUCCAUCGAAAGUGCAAACGAGUGGGUAUUCACAUGCAACUACUGGUCCGCACGUGAAAGUAAAGAACCGUUGCCGGGUGGGGUCAGCAACAUGGAAUAUGGAUGGGGUCGUUGUUUGAAUGAUGUCAUUCUGGACUUGGAUGCUAUGGAUAAUGGCACUAUUCAAGGAAACUGUAUCGGAGAUCCUGACGCUGUCAUCAUUUACGAGUGGAAACCCCCCGUGCCUCCUAUGGUAUCCAGUACGAUGGAUGAGAAAGAGCAAUACGCAGCAUUCCAGAAACAUCUGCAGGCUUUGAAUGAAGAAAUCAAUGAUCACCGAGAACUCAAGUCGAAAAUCUUGGUCAAAUUCCCUAGUAAAUGUGAUAAUCACACAAAGGUGCUCAGUAACUGGGAAGCCAAGUCGAGGUACCUUCUUCAUGACAUUAUCAAAUAUCAAAACUAUUGUGACGUGCUAGAAAAAUCCAUGGAGCGGCGCCACCAACUAGAAGAAAAGAGACAACGACAAGAGAAAAAACAGGAGAAGGAACAGCUCACAUUUGUGGGAACGCCUGUCGAUUUAGUCAAAGAAAUUGCUGAUGAGCUCCAACUAGCGUUUUAAUCGAAUGAUCCCUCACCAUCUACUAGAAUUGUACAUCCUCCGUAUUUUCAUACCGAUCCCUUAUCAACAUCAUUUGUCUGCGAUAUAUAGCAGUUUUACCAUUAAUUCAUAGAUUACCACUGUAUUUUUUCCGCCACCUCAAUAAUAUAAUAAUAGUAAAAUCUUUUUG